AUGACUAGAGUGCCUCAUCCAAAUGUUGAUGCCAGUAUACUUGUAAAGGAGAAUGAUGGAAAUAUAAUCAAUUCAAAUAGUGCAGACAUGGAUAAAUCUAACUGCCAAAGUUUACCCGUAACUUCAGGAGACAAUCUAGGGAGGAGCACAGUAAAUGGAAAGGUCAAAGAAUUUGUUAAGAUUUUCGAUCAGGAAGCUUUGGCAAAACCCAUAAUCAAUGUCACUCGAACCCAGAGUUGUAGAUGGAUGGGCACAUGCAUUUACAGGGCAGAUAAUGUAGUAAAUGUUUGCACAACCGGAAUGGAUGAAAAAUCACACUCCCCCAAGGUGAAUGAGAUGCCAGAUGCGUCCUCCAGGGUGGAUCAAACUCCUAAACAGUCAGAAAAAGAACAUGCUAACAGAAAGAUCACGAUCAGUAGUGAUAAUUCUUUCUGUCAGAAGGAUGCUUCAUCAUAUUUGGAAUCACUUCCUGACGUUUCUGAGGUUACAAUUGGAAACAUAGACGACCUCUUUCAGGAAAAUUUCCUGAUUACAGAAUUAGCACAUGAUCAUGAUAAACUUCUACAAACUGGCGAAGAUUAUGAUGAUGUCCAAGUUUCGGAUGGUAAAAUUCAGCAAUGGUCAAAUGGGAAAACAGGGAAUAUUCGCUCGUUGCUAUCUACUUUACAAUAUAUUCUUUGGCCCGAGAGCGGAUGGAAACCAGUUCCGCUUGUUGAUAUAAUUGAAGGAAGUGCAUUGAAGAGAGCAUAUCAAAAAGCUUUACUCCGCCUACACCCAGAUAAGCUACAGCAGAAGGGUGCUGCUUGUCAUAAUAUAUACAUUGCAGAGAAAGUUUUUGAUAUUUUGCAGGAGGCAUGGGAUCAUUUCAAUUCACAGGAGCUUAACUGUUACUUUCAGAGCGAGUUAAGGAUUUGCAGUGUGUUAAAGGGCUUUGUCAGAAAUGAGCGUGUGUUUAGCAAUUCACGGACACAGCUGGUAGUCCUUUUCCAUGGUGGUUUUCCUUUGCACUUCAGGAUCAGGACACAAUGGUGUACACAUACUAUUCUGAAGCUGGGUUUUCUGGGCUUUCAAUCUAAUUGUCGUAAUCUCACCAUGAAAUUCGGAUCAAGGAAAGGAUGGAAGUCGGUGAUGCCUUUCCGCUUGAGAAGCAAAUCAACACCCCGUUUUUGUUUAUUUCCGAAAACAAAAUCAGCUGGUCAAGCUCCAGGCAAUACACCAGUUUAUCUUAACGUGUAUGACUUGACACCCACGAAUGGCUAUGUCUAUUGGGCUGGCCUCGGUAUCUUUCAUUCUGGUGUGGAAGUUCAUGGUGUAGAGUAUGCAUUUGGAGCUCAUGACUAUCCUUCUAGUGGCGUCUUUGAGGUUGAACCACGGCAAUGCCCUGGUUUCAAGUUUAGGAAGUCGAUAUUUAUUGGGACUACAUGUUUGGACCCUGUCCAGGUAAGGGAAUUCAUGGAAUGUCAAGCUGCAAGCUACAACGGUGAUACAUAUCACUUAAUUAUCAAGAAUUGCAACCAUUUCUGCAAGGAUAUUUGCUACAAACUGACAGGAAAGCCGAUCCCAAAAUGGGUAAAUCGACUGGCAAAAUUAGGUUCAAUCUUCAACUGUCUACUGCCAGAAGCGCUCAAAAUUUCUGCUGUGCAACAUGACCUUAAUGAUCAAGCGUACAAUAGUGAAAGAAGAAGGCUGCGAAGUGCCUUCAGUUGCUUGUCUUCGAUCUCAACAAGGCAGAGGCAGUUGUCAACAUCUUCUAUGUUUCUACAGUCACCCUUAAAAGGCUGCUUUCCACCAUGGGAAUUGAGACGCUCAAACAAUGGGUCGUUGAAGGAAAGGUAA